AUGUUGCAAUUUUUAUUCAAGCAUUCGAAUUCAACAAUAGACAAAUCACCUAAAAAAUUCGAAAAUUCACAAAUGAUUGCCCAGAACUCUCAUGAUUUUGAAACUAUCAAAAAAUUUGAACCUUCAAAAACUUCAAUCAAAAAAUUUGAAACUUCGC